AUGACUCGUUUUGUGCUCACGUUUUCCUAUGACUUCGAUCCCCUUCUAUCUAACGUGUUGACAUCGAGACUGAGUUGUUUGUCUUGCCGUCACACACCAUUGUAUAUUUCAAUGAUGGAAAUUGAGAUUAACAGUGAUCUGAGUGGCGAUCAGAACCGUCCAGAACGUACUUAUGAGGAACAAAUACAAUGUGUAGGUGUAUUCGCCCGGCCUAUGGCUUCAAAAAAAUUAACAAAGCGUUUGUAUAAACUCGCUCGAAAAGCUAAACGCGUAAAGAAAACAGAUGUCGGAAUCAAAGCAAUCUUAAAAGCCAUUGAAAAGAAAGGUGUAUCUGGUAUCGUCGUAUUAGCUGGUGAUAUUAGCCCGUUUGAUCUGAUAUCCCAUGUGCCAUUGGUGUGUGAGGAGCACGACAUACCUUACUGCUAUGUUCCGUCAAAGUUUGACCUCGGUGCAUGUGUAUCUUCAGUUACCCCUAUACCUAUCGUUUUCAUAACACGGGAUGAACAGUAUGGUGAUUUGUAUGACAAGUGUUACACUGCUGUUGACGCAUUACCUCUUCCUUUAUAA